AACGAACGCAGAGAGAGAAAAUCAGGAAAAGAGAAUAUCUGGUAGUCGUACCCAAAGCCAAAGAGUGAAGACCAAGAAGGCAAGAAUCUCUGAACUUUGUUGACCAAACCCGCAACGAUGCCGACGUUGACGAAGCUCUUUACAAUGCAAGAAGUCUCCAAGCAAAACAGCAAAGACAACUGCUGGGUCGUCAUUGAUGGCAAGGUGUACGAUUUGACACUAUACUUGGACGAUCACCCUGGUGGAGACGAUGUAGUCCUUGCUGCAGCUGGAAGAGAUGCCACAGAAGAUUUUGAAGAUGCUGGGCAUAGCAAUAGUGCAAAGGAUCUCAUGGGAGCCUUUUGCAUUGGAGAGCUUGAUGUUGAUACGACUUCCCCAGAGAUAACCUCUAAGAAUCAACCACUUGAUUAUCCUCAGAAGAUCAAGGACUUGACAAAGGAAUACUGGGCUGUUCCUGUGGCCGUGGUUGGCAUCUCUGUGGUUGUUGGCUUCUUGUACUUGCGGAAGAAGUGAUUCAAUACAAUUUUGCCCUUUGUUCCACUCAAAAGGAAGCCCUCACAAUUUUGAAUAAGUAGGAGAAUAGCAACUGAGAAACCUAGCCCAUUAUUUGUUUUUAAAAUUUCACUAGUAUUGGGGAGAAUAUGCAUAUUAUGAUGUAGAGAUUUAUGUACGGAUUUCGAAUAUGACACCUACAAAUUUUAAGGA